AUGUCGUCGAUGGAGUUACUGAAAAGUAUCAUCGAUGUCAAUCAGGAGUCAACUAUCGGAAGCAUGCUUAUCGCUCAAACACAAAAAAUGCAAUUUUCGGACUUUCUCGAGAGUGAGGAAUGGGAUCGGAGCAGUGUCAUUGCAGGGCUCAAAGAGGCACAAGAUAAUCUUCGUUCUUCCAAACGACAAACGGACCUCAAGCAUAAGAUGAACAAAGUCCUCAAAAUCCUGGAUGUGGAAUGCCCUCCGAAUGAAAUUUAUCGGAUGGGUAAAUCGGACUCAGAUCGCCCCCGUUCACCUGUACAUGGGCAUUUCUCUAAUAUCAGUAAAGAUCAGUGUUUUCCUUACGACGAAUUUCUACUCUGUUAUAUGAGACAUGGAAUUGCUACACUCCAAGCAAGUUUACGUGGUGCACCAGCCGCAGACGCAGACGUAGAGGAGCGAUUUCGGGUUGGAGCAACGCCCACAAAAGGACAGCACUUUUCCACUAAAUCGAGAUCCUCAAUCCUUUUCGUUGUUGAUGAGACGAAAUCGGUAGGCGACAAUGGUCUUCAGCUGAUGCCGACAUUCCAAAAAGACGGACACGGAAAUGACGCUCCAGAAUCGCUUCCAGCGGCACAUUAG